AGCGCACCGGAAAUAAUGGCGUCGUUUUACAGAUCGGCAAUAAUGGCGGGUUCGAGAUCCAUUGCCGCUCGAUCCAGAACACUAACCCAAAUGACCAUAACUGGAAAGCCCGUGUCUUCUGUACUUUCUUCUCCGUCAACAAGAGCUCUCCCCUGCGCCUCAAGGUUUGUUACGGUUUUGGGAAGUAUGGAGUCAAUGAUGCCUCUCCAUAGUGCCACUGCUUCUGCUCGGCUCAUAUCAAACAUAGCCGUUGAUUCAUCCUAUUGGAGUUGCCUCUCUCAAGACUUUGCAGUUCCUCGGUGACAGUAAAGGCCUCUUCAUUCAAUACCCAAUUGGCUCUCAUUUGAGUAGUUUUAUUCACCUCUUUGUAACUUCUCCCAUUCAUUUACGGCUGUUGCUGCAUGACUUGGUCUUUUUGUCAAGAUUGUUAUCUGCCUCUUGCUUAUCAACAUUGUAUCCUUCACCUCACUGAAGAAAAAGAUUGUAUAUUUUUAAGAUGUAGCUCAACAUGCCAACUUCAAUGACCUAGAGAGGAAAUAACAUAGAUUUCCAGAGAUGCAUAGAAAAACAGAUUUUUAAAAAGCUUAGACAUCCUUUUCAAUGCAUUGGCUUGUGAACCUUUGUUUCUCUCUAUUUAGGAUAAGAUCUGUGGAAUUACUGAUGGAAAAGUGGACUGGAGUGAUGGUGACCCCACUUUUUCUUUGCGAUAUUUCGUUCGUGAUGAUUCUAUCAAAAACUUGCAAUCUCAACAUAAACAGAAAACAACCCAUUUUUGUACGCAAAAUUUGAGCAAAAGGGUUGUUCUUUGUUCAUGUUUUGAUUCGAUGAUUUGAGAUAAAAAAGUGGGCUUGAUUUGAUUAGGUUUUUGUUCGUGAAAUUUGAGAGCUUGGGGCUUUUUUUCCUUUUGUGUAGCUGGAAUUGCUUGUCCAGAGAAUCAAAAUCUUCAUUUUGUAUUAUUGGAGGAAGAAGAGGUCCCCAUCACCAGAGACGUAAAUUCAAUUGCUUCUUGAUAUUUCAAGACACAGAGAAGAUUUGACGAUUGAGAUAUUCGUGGGGACUGACAGAAAGAGUUCUGUCUUUUUAUCUGCUAACAUGACGUUUUGCCAUCAACGCUUGGAUUUUGGAUUUUUGGAUUUUUCUGGAGUAUUUACCCAUCCUCUUAUCGCUUCUUUGUCAUUUUUAUUUCUGCUACCGGUUUGGUAGUUCUAUUUUUGGCUCUUCCUCUCCUUGAUUAAUUGCUGUUUGUUUUCUCAGUUCAAAUCUGCAGAAAGUAAGCAAAUUUUCAUUUCUAAAUGCUCAUAUUCUUCCUAAGCCUUUCACCUUGAUGGAUUCUGUUUUUAGUUCAGCUUCUCUGGAUUAUCUCGUGCUUUUCCUUGCUUGAGCUUCUCUUGAAUGUCCACUCUUUUCCUUAUUGUAAUAAUGAAUUCUUCUUCCUACUUUUCUUCUUCAGCUCUUUUAGUGUAGAUUCUUCUGGUUUGUAUUGUGGACUACUUGGAUUUCAUCUCCUUUGUGUAGCUUUAACUUUCACACUCCUAUCUUUCAUAAAAUUUUCUUUACGUUGUUUCUAGGUUUCUUUUAUGUUCAGAUGAGAUUCACUUGUAUGGAUUGUGACAAGUGAUCAACUCUACUGAAGUGGAAAGAUUUCCCUGAGGACUAAAUUCUUUUGAGCUAUGGAGGGAGCUUAUGAAACUUCUAAUAGAAAUGGGCCGAUUGUUAAUGGCUACAAAAUUCAAAGGCACUCUUCAUUUCAGCCCUCUGCGCAGGGGUCAUUACAUUGGCUCGAUAUAAGAGUUUUCUAUGUCAGAGUA